AGAAACCCUAACCACCACCACAACGACGUCGUUUCCCACUGUCGCGGUGCCAAUAAAGGCAGCAGGACCCCAUUAUCGGCCUUUAGCGAAUCGCAUUGUUCUGUCAUUUAUGUCUCCUGAAGCUCACUCUGCUCUGCAACUAUGUCUGCCUCCUCAUCCUCUGCUCACUAGAGAUUUUUAGCUUUCGGCUUUCGGCUUCUCGGUUCGGAGCUCCGACUCGGCCUUCUUCUUCUUCUUCUUCUUCAACUCAGCAGCUACGUACAGCAUGCGAGCGGCGGCGGUUAUCGGAACGGCGUCGUUGCUCUUCUUCGGAGUAGUGGCUGCGGCGGUGGUGUUGUUGUGCUCGCCUGGGUUUCUGAACGGUGGCCAUGGUUUUAUGGAAUCAAGGUUGUUGAGGUCUGGGGAAGGAAACAGCAAGCUCGCCGCUGCUCACCGCAAGCUUCUUGUUCGGGGGCAAGAAAAUGUGGAGGAACCCAAUCGAAUUUGGGGGGAGAAGUGUAGCCGGUCCGACAUAGUGAUUGAACAGGGUCCCACGGCACCGCUGCCGAGCGGCAUUCCCACUUACACGGUGGAGAUCAUGAACGUGUGCGUCACCGGCUGUAACAUUAGCCACAUCCACUUCACCUGUGGUUGGUUCAGCUCCGCCACGCUGGUUAACCCGAAAGUCUUCAGGCGGCUACGCUAUAAUGACUGCCUUGUGAACGACGGCAAGCCUCUGGUCAAUGGUGGUACAAUCUCUUUUGAGUAUGCCAACACCUUCCUCUACCCACUCAAGGUUUCCUCUGUAGCUUGCUACUGAUCAAUUCUAGUCCAUCUUUGACCAACAGCAAUAUUCACCUUAGGAAAAUUUAGAUUUGACACAAAAAAAAAAAACCACAACUAUAUAAAGCACCCAAAGCAGGAGUUAGUACUUUCUAGCUGUUUUUCAAAACACCCCAUUGCCCUUUCGUUUAUGUGGUUCUGCUUUUGCUUUAUAUCUAUUGAGAAUUUCAGCAUUUCUGGGUUUGGAUUGGUUAGAGUUUUGGAGGGGAAGUUUCAAGUUUGCUGAAGAUCAAUGCUUCUUAGUAUUUUGGUCCUGCCUGUAUAUAGUUUGUUAUAUACUAUAUAGUAUAGGAUGGUUUAGUAGUACUGCUCAUUACUGUUUGUGGGAGCCGCAGGAAUUGAAACUCUGAUAAAAUGUUCCUUAUGUUAUGAUGGUUCUGAAGAAAAUGUGGCAAAGAGUUUUUACUAGUGAUAGUGAUUUAUCUGCA